AUGGCUUCACCUCCUGCUUCCCUCGCUUCCCUUCUAGCUAUACCUGAUCAGAACGGGACCAACGGAUCAGUUCAAGAUGUUGAUCCUCAUGCGGAAGAAGGUACCGAAAAUGCCAUUUUGAAUUACCUUUCUGAAACUUAUGCAAAUUCUCAUGAAGAUAUACCACCAACACCUUCAUUCCGACUUUCAGCUCAUACGCAAAAUAUCCUCGAUGCUCAUAUUACUCAUCCGCCUCGAGCAGUAAGAGAGACUUCACCACUGAACCCCACUUUUACUAUCCCUCCUGAGAUCGCUGAGCUCGCUUCGAGGGCAACACCAGUCAUAAAUGUGGAAGAACCUACACAGGAGAUUUCUGUACAGACACAAUGGUCGGAUGUGGCGGAAAGAGGGGAGAUGGGAGGUAAACGAAAGAAACAACCUCAUGAGAGAGCGGGAUGGAAGGAAAUGGAUGAAAGUGAUGGUUAUCAUAGAAAGAGAACGAGGAGGAAGAAGGAAGAGGAGGGAAUUUUCGUAACGGAAGGUUCGCAAGAGGAGGGGAUUUUGGCAAUCGGACCGGGGACGGGUGAUGAGGCGGAGGGUUCGAAAUCGAACUCAAAACUGACCCGUGCGGAACAAAACCGUCGAGCUCAACAAGCUUUCCGACGUCGGCGGGAAGAACAUGUCAAAAGCCUCGAAGCUGAAAUCAAGUCUCUCCAGACCUCACAAGCGAGGAUGGAUGAAACGCAAAGUAAACUGAAAGAAGUCGCUCUCUCGUACGAAUCCGCAAUGGUGGAACGUGCCGCACUACGUCGAGCCCUUUCAACACUUUCACAGCGUACCCGAACAUCUUUCCUCACUCCGUCCGGAGAACUUUCACUCAACCCGUUGACAGAGAUCAGAAGAGGAGAAGAUAGUCCGAGGGCACAGGAAGAGGCCUUUGGGUUAUUGGAAAGACAAUGCAGGGAAGUGGUGAAGGCUCGACGGAUCGGACGGGUAGAGGAUGAAGAGCAUGUGUAA